AUGGCAGCGUCCGUCAAGAUCGAGAAGGAACAAAACGAUGACCUGACGUACGAGGUCGAAAAGGGCGACAAACCCGCCGCGUCGGCGAAGAGCUCUCGUCCCACGACCGAGGUGGGUGAGACGGGGAAAAACGAUGCGCUGCAGCACUGCGCUCGCCGGAUGAGGCGGAUCAUGGAAGCGGUGCACGACUUGCGGCGGAGCGACGACGCCGCUGACACCGCCGCCGUCAUCAAGCUACUCGACCACCUGGGGCGAACGGGGCUUUCCACUUUCAGCGACGCGCUCUUGGUCCUCCGUGCAACCCCGCCCAUCAAGGUCCCCACCACAGCCGACGGAAAGUCGGUCGGCAUCAAGGGUCUGGACAAGCCGCUGGCGAGGAAGCUCGCCGUUGCGUGGGGCGUGGUCACGGCGGGCUACAUGGACGCUGACUGGGGAAAGAGGCUCUUCGGCGACUUGUGGGAUGAGCAGGCCAAUAAGGCCGGCUUGGAGGCUGAGGCGACGGCGGGAGCCAUCGGCGCAGGGAAGCGCAAGAGGGCGGGCUGA